UUCGAGCUGAAGGUAUUUCUCUCUCUCUCUCUCUCUCUCUCGUUACUGUUUUUAAGAUCUUCUUCCUUCUUUCUUCACGAAGCCCUCAUCGAUUUGGGUCAAAUUUGUUUGGGGUUUUUCUUCUUCACGACCAAAAGGAGAUGGAUACAUCAAACCCUGCAGUUUUUGUCAAUGCGGAGCUGCUGCGCUUGUAUGUUGGUCGUAGGGUUAGGGCGGUGAUUCAGGUUCUGCGAUCUGAUGGUGGAGUUGUUACAGGAAAAUCUACAGAUGACAACCAGAUACUUGUCAAAGGCUCUCCAACCUCUCCUCUCUCAAAGUUUGUUGAGGUUGUUGGUAUUGCUGACGGUGAGAAAUCCAUCCAUGCUGAAAUAUGGACCAACUUUGGUGACACAUUUGAAACUCAUACUUACAAUCAGCUUUGUCAGCUUGCAAAUGGGGAAUUUAAACACAUGUUCCUCUGAGGCACAAGUAGCUUACUUUGUGAUACAGCCAGAAAGUUCUUCCCACCUACUAGCUUUAGUACUGUUCCAUGAAAUUUCUCAAACUUGAGUUUAGGUCUUCAAGUAAAUUAUCGAUGAAGUGAUAGCCAGGAAUCAGAUUUCACUGUUUGGCAAUUGUUGAAAUCUAUCAUGUUUGAACCUUGCGGAUGAACCUCUGGUUUAUAUCAAAAUUUUCUUCAACCUU